GGAAAAUAGUUCAUUUAUUCCUUAAACAUAAGGACGACCAUAUAAUUUAAUCAACGAUCUUGUAAAGAAAUGGUCAGUUCACCUUGUUUAUAGAACAAAAUGAGAAAACACAGAUCUUAACCCCAUUUUCUUUUCAUCCACUCCAAACGCCAACGCCUCCUCUAAUCUUAAAUGUAUUCCCCUUCCACAAAUGUCCAUAAAUACAAUAGCAUCAAACUUAAUUACUUUUUUUUCCCCAAGGUCCUUUGGAUUGAACUGAGACCUUUAUGAUUCUUUUUACUGAACAAAUGGAGGAGUUUUUUGGUGGAGUGGAGGGCAGAUUCAGAGGCUCCAUAACAGAUUCAACCAUGAUGAGAAUCGUUCACCGUGCAAUGAACAAAGCCCACAAGAGAGUUAAGUCGAAAGAAGGCGUGAUAGAGCGGUUGAACGAGAUAUCCAAGUUCUAUGAAUUGGCUGUGAUGCAGUUAGAAGGAUGCAUGAAGUUCGUGCAAGAAGAGCCUGACAUCUUUGUCCUUGAAAGCAGCAGUGAAGAAGACGUGCUUGCUGGUUUGGCUGAGAUCAGGAACCGUCUCAAAGGCCGCCUAAGCGAAUCAGAGAUGGCAAUUCGGGAGAAAGACAGAGAGCUCACAGAGAGAUUAGACAGUGAGUUGAAGCUACGGCAGGCCUUGGAGAUAAAAGAAAAGGAGUUGGUCUCUUUGCGUGCGAAACUCAAGCUUGAAAAGACUAAAUCUGAGGGAGUUGAUGAUAGAGAAGGUGAGUUCUGUGAGUUAAAGAAUUCUGUUGAUCAGCAGGUUUGGAAUAUCAGACAGAAGCUUGAGCCUGGCCAAUGCAACAAGCUUGAUGAAUCUAUUGACAAUGAGAAGGUUGAGCAGAUGGGUUCAGACAUAGACAUGUUGAAGGAAACUUUGGAUUUGGCUUUUGGAAAGAUGAGGAAUGCUAUUAUCUUAUCUGAGGUUCCAAUAGAGCAACAAUGGAGAUGGGGUAUUGAAAAAGACACUGUUUUUAUCUUACUUAAAGGUCUCAUGCAGGAUUUUCAGGAGAUGUCCGAUAUGAUAUUGUUGAGACAAGAUAAUGAACUCCCCACUGGAUUGAGAUUCGGAGGUGAUCUUUGGUCUGUUAUGCUGAGAGAAGUUGCACGUUUGAGAAAUGAACUAGAGUCUUUCUUGGUUCAACAUGGAAAGCCUUCCAAGUCCUCCAUUUUUGAAAAUUUCAAUAGAUUUGAGAGCGAGAAUUUCAGGGAGGCUACCGAGGAGGAUGGAAACCACUAUGUUGCUAAGAUGAUAAAGAAUCACGAGUCCAUCAUACGGGAAAAGAGUGCUGAGGCAGAAGAAUUGAAUCUAUUGAAGAGAGAACUUAUGAAAGAAAAAGCAUAUUCAUCUUGCAAGAAGGACAAGGAACCAGUUACCCUCAACAAAAGAGUCCAAGAAAUCAUUGAGAAGCUAGAAAAUUUUAUAGAAUGGAGUGCUAACAUGGGAGAAUCUUUCGAUGAUCAUAGAGACUUAAAUGGAGAAGAAAGUCUUUCAAGAAAGGGAUUUCUAAACUUUAAUGCAAAUGAUAAUGAUGAGCUACCAAAUGAAAUGGGGAGAAGAGAGUUAGAGCUAGAGGAAUUGAGUUUGAAAACCAACAUAAUGGAAGAGACAUAUAUUACUCUUUUUGAAGGCUUGUUGAAAGAGUUCAACACAAGGAUAUAUAUCUAUGAUUAUGAGAGCCUGAUAUGGAAAGGUCAAUGUAAAGAUCUUGUUGCGGAAAUGACGAAUCAUUGGAAUGUGAAAAUCGAAAGCAACAACGUUGAAUCUCAAAUUAGAGAAGAAACGCAUUGCAUUGUCUUCAACGAGGCAAUCAAGGAUUGUAUUUCUUCCAUCAACUUAAAGUUAGCUGAAUUUAACAAUGCGAGGUCUGAAAAUAUCUGUUUGGAAGAAUCAGCAUUUACUGAAAAGCUGGAUCAUGAUAUACAGAUACUCAUGUUCAGAGAAAUGUUGAAGGAAUGGAACAAAAUCAUAGAAUGUUAUGAAUCCGAAAUCAUUGUUAGAGAAGAGAUAUAUGAUAUUGUCUUUGAUAAGACCACCAAAAGUAUUUCUGACACUGUCAGUUCGGCUUUUCAUAAACUUGAAUGGGUAAAUCUUGCUGAAAGUUCUAUAAAGGAAGAUGUCUGUAUGGAUUUCAUUAGAGAAACAAUCAAGCAAUGGCGGAUGGAAUUAGACACACACAACACACAAAGUCUCCUUAGGGAAGAAAUUCAUCAGUUUGUCAUUUUAGAAGCGGUGAAAGAUGCUUUUGUUCUUUCAAAACAAGUUGAUUUUGGUAAUGAGGACAAACUCUCGAGAUGCAUAUUCUGCGAGGACAAGUUAAGAAAGUCUAAACAGCUUACUUCACAGGAAAGUAUAUCUCGAAAGGUGGAUUUGUUAUUGGACUGUCUUGAAGUGGAAGAGAAUCUAGUUCUAAGUUUACAUUAUGAAAUAAGGGAAAAAAACACAAACAUUGGUCUACUAGGCUUGGAGAGUGAAAGUUUUGGUAGGAAAAACAAGUCCAGUUCAGUGAAUAGAAAGCUAGAGAAUACUCUACAUCAGUUAGCCAAGAGUAAGGAAACACUAGGUAAGAUGGUUUCUAGUUUAAGCUUAAUUACUGUCAGUUUAGAAAGCUCUAAUUAUCUACAAGACAAAGAAUCCUCUAUUGAUGAACAACAAGAAGAAGAUUCGAAAGAGCAAUUGGACCCAUUUGAGAAAUCUGCAGUCUUACCUAUCCUUGGAUUCAUCCAAGACAUGAUGGAGGAGUUUGAGGACAGAGUAAGAGAAAAGCUAGAGGUGAACAUUUUGAGAUUGGAACAGAUUCAUCAUCAUUUGGAUCCACUUGUUGAUACAGUUUCUUCCGUAAGAGAGAAAGAAUCACUUUACAAGAAGGCUUUCACUAGGAGAUGCCAGAAUCUCCAUAAGGCUGAAACUGAGGUAGAUCUUUUAGGAGAUCAAGUAGACAUGCUUUUAGGCCUACUUCACAAGAUAUACAAGACCCUGAAUCAUUAUUCACCUGUUUUGCAGCACUAUUCCGAGGUUUUGGAGCUCAUGCAGUUGAUAAAGAAGGAAAUAUAUGGAGUUAUCCAUGCACCUAAACAUUGACACACAGAUGUCUAAAUAUGAUGUAUUACAUUAUAUUGGGUUGAAAAUGCACUAAGCUAAUACAUAUAUUUCUGUACAAGAUCUAGAUUCGAAACUUGUUGUAUGAAAGUGUAUGAAUGUGGAUGAACUGUGGAAAGAGGAAUCACUUGUAACAUGAUGAGAAUGGUGUUUUGGAAGUGGUUUUUCAACACUUAGAUACUAGUUGAUCCAUAGAUUUUUUAAAAUGUCCAACUUGCAUAAAACAAUCUUUUUCUUCUUAUUUGUGUGGCUCAAGUUCACAUUUAGUGUAAAAAAAUUGUCCAUUAUAUACUGCACAUAAAAACAUAUA